GAACCCGUCCACUUUAUUAGACAACCCUACUUUGAAGAAGAUUAAAGCUAUGGAUUUCAAUGUAUUUUAGGAAACCCGAGGGCAUUCGGAUCAAGAAAAGGGUCCAUCCCUGGCAAUAGUUGAUUCAACACACCUGCAGUUGUGUUGCUGUUGGAGACUUGGCCGUCCAUUCCUCUUUCACUGAUAUAUAAUUGUGUUCCCAUUCUACUGAGUAUUGGAUAUUUCAGUCUAUAACUACACUCGUUUUUGUCGUCUGAUCUUCUGUUACAGAUAUUCUUCUUUAAUCAAUUUUUAGAAUGAAGGGGUCAUCUUUAAUCAGUUUGGGCUUGCUACCCGUGCUGUCAGUUAAUGCGGCUUAUACUUGGCCCUCAGAGUAUGAUCAACUAGAAGACAUUCUAUAUCUUCAGCAAGGUUUCAUACGUUUUGGCCUCAGAGAUGGUGUUACGCCGUGCUCUUUCUCAUCGGAUGGAGGUGGUCGUCAGGCGGCUGCGGAAUGGAUAAGAACUGCUUAUCAUGAUAUGGCUACCCAUGAUGUCGAUACUGGUCUUGGAGGACUUGAUGGUUCUAUAGCCUUUGAGCUUGGGCGAGCGGAGAACCCUGGUGAUGCUUUCAAUUCUACCUUUGCAUUUACAGAAAACCUCCGCUCAAUCAGAGCUUCGUCUUCCGAUCUUCUUGCAAUGUCCGUUGUCGUUGCCACAAUGGCUUGCGGCGGUCCAAUAAUUCCAUUUAGAGGUGGACGAAUCGAUGCCAUGAAAGCUGGUGUUUCUGGCGUGCCCGAGCCUGAUCAAGAUUUGGCGACACACACUGCAAUCUUCGCAAAGCAAGGAUUCAACACUGCUGAGAUGAUAACCAUGGUAGCAUGCGGCCACACUCUCGGAGGUGUUCAUGGUGUCGAUUUUCCCCAGAUUACCGGCAACGGUGACGCAGAAAACUUCCCAAAAUUCGACAGCACCUACACCGCAUUCGAUAACACUGUUGUAACAGAGUAUUUGGGGAACAAUUCAACCGACCCGCUUGUGAUCAGUAAAAAUGAUACCUUCAAUUCCGAUAAACGCAUUUUUGGCGCCGACAACAACAAAACGAUGACUUCUUUAGCAGACCCAACCAAUUUCCAGAAACAAUGCUCUGACAUCUUCGCUCGAAUGAUCGAUACUGUCCCUGCAGACGUCACACUUUCUGAAGUCAUCACACCUAUCGAAGUAAAGCCAUCGCAAAUUGCUCUUACCCUAGCUGGAAAUAACACUCUAUCCUUCGGAGGAUACAUCCGCCUUCGCACCACCAACCGCAACGCCGAUGAUGUGACCGUAUCCCUUCAAUACCGUGAUCGUAAUAACAAUACUUCGAACACCACAAUUCCCGUCAGCAGAGAGAAUUACUUGUUGGGUCAAAGCUAUGGCUUCGGUUCAGAGGUGUUCACUUGGUAUGGAUUCAAUACUGUUCUUGAUGCUAAAACCGGCAUUUCGUCUUUCGAUGUCAUCUUACAUACUGUCGGUGCAGCUGAUGAAAUCAUCACCAAUAACGGUGGGGGUUUCCCACUCACAGACGCAAUUCUCUACCAACCAGCACAAUCCUGUCAGCCACAGAUAUCUGUCAAUGACGCAGGCCAGUGGAAUAUAACAGUCACUGCAGCUGUUCGUGCUGAUCGUAUCAACGAGCCUGUUGCCUUUGACUGGGUGUCUCAGCGUACCAUACCAGGCGCGAUGGUUAAAGCACUAGAAGUGCAACGUACAGCUAUGGAGAAAGUGAGUGAGGAGAUCGAUGGAUAUUAUCUUUUCAGCGGAACCAGGUCGCUCGAUAACGUACAAUGGUCUACUACUUUUGAUGUGGUAUUGGGAGAGGGAGAUGACGUAUCGAAAGUAGAGUUCCAGUCGACGUCGGCAAUGGCCACGAGCUGCGAGGCAUUUUCUUGAAUUACGAGCGAGUCGAAUUUAGUAAUGAAUAAUAGCGAGAAUAUACA